AAUCAUCGUCUAUCUACGGUCUUAACUUCCUAGCCAGCCACAGGCUGAAGUGCAUCAAUCGAGGCAUCAUGGUGCUCAUGCGUCGCCGCGACAAGCGGCGCGGCAAUGAGUCCGAGGAGAUCAUCGUGGCUAGCGACUCGUCCAUUGUGGCCAACAAGGGCGUGCGCUCUUUGGGCGGUGCGCGCACGGGCCGCUUCGCCGCUGACAUGCGAGUGAGCGUGGGAGGUUACGGUCGCGCGGACAAGACGUGGGGCGUGGACCACCCGUGGCACUCUACGGAGGAGGGCGAUCUGUUCUCCCAACUGUGCGCUAAAGAUCACAUGGAGGAGGGAGAUAUGGCUCACGAACAGACGCACGAGGAGCCCGUACGGGGCCUCAGUCGCGCGCAACUUAAGAAGCGCAAAGCGAAGCUCAAGAAACAAGGAUUAACAGCCAAGCAGGCGGCUGAAGAAGCGCUAAAGGAAGCUGAGGAGGCCAAGAAACGUCAUGAGGAAGAACAGAGAAUGAAGGAGCAGCAGGAACUCGAGAAAAAGGAGGAGAUGAAGAAGAAGAAACUCGAGAAGAAGAAUCAAAUUGCUACUCAGGAGACGGAGACAGAGCAGGACGAAGCGGAAGCGGAGGCUAAGAAGGAGAAACGAAAGAAAGAGAAACAAAAGAAAAAGGAGAAGAAACAGGAAGCAAUUGAACAGGCACAGCAGCAGACCAAGGAGCAGGAACAGGAGAUGAAAAGUCGGGAAGUGCUGGCCUCGGCCUAUGAGGAGAAUGUGGGCAGCGAAGUGACGACCAAGAGCGGCCUGGUGAUUCAGGACCAGCGUAUUGGACAGGGUAAAUUGCCCUUUGCAGGCGAGAUGCUGACGGUCAAGUACCGUGGACGUCUAGGACGUGAUGGUCUUGUGUUUGGCAAAGGAAUGCUAACCACAACGUACGGCACGGGCUCCGUCAUUGCUGGAUGGGAAGAAGGUCUAGGUACGAUGCGUCCUGGAGGUGUGCGACUGUUAACAAUUCCACCGGAGUUGGGCUACGGCGAGAGCGGCAAGGGCGACAAGAUCCCGCCCAACUCGACGCUGUUCUUCGAAGUGGAGCUCGUGCGUAUUGGCAAGCGCAAACGCGAAGCUAUUGGUGAGGACGACAUUCCGCUGCCCAGUUCUUUCCAGCGCAAGCGUAUUAAACAGAAACCUGGUAAGAAAAGCGGCGAGGACGAGGACGACGGCGAGGUGAAGCUGUCCAAGAGCCAACUCAAGCGACGACGUCGGAACCGCAAUAAGAACCGGAGCCAGGAGGACGACGCUUGAUACAGCCAUAUACAGCGGGCGUACCAUAGUUUUAUACCGUAGUUACAUGCAAUAGCAAGCACAUUGCAGAGUGAUACAACUCGCAUGUUUCCUGCAGCUCCUCGCCAGUCAAAAUGGCACGUUCCUGGCCACGCACGCAGAAAAUACCUUUACGUCAUUGGUCUAAAUUCAAAAUAUGCCACUCCUAUUGGUUCAAAAAUCAU